AUGGUCCAUUUAAGGAGAAGUAUUGGAUUGGCAGGAACAAGUACUGGAAGAACAUCAAAUUCAAUAAGAAAUGUUUAUAACAAUGAAAUAAUUACAAAUCCAGAUGGUGCAAGGAAUUAUACAUUUCUCCAAUCCCAAGCAUGUGUACAAAGAAUGCGUCAUUGUCGACGUCCACCAAACCCAGACACAAUUGAAGAGUUGGCAGGUAUUCUGAAUGAACAAAAUAUCGCAUAUGCAUCAACCUUGCAGCAUCCACCUUCAAGGUUUUUUCAACAACUAUUUGAAGCUGAGGGAGAAACUGUUGAAUUAGUAUUUUUUAAUUUAGAUGCCAUCGAAAAAUAUAGAAAUGAGCUUUUAUCUUUUACUAAUGGUUGCCUACUGACCUUUCAUGUACUUUUUCAUAAUGUUUCUUUUCCAAUGGUAUAUGCUCUCACAUCAAAAAUGACGCAAGCCACAUAUGAAUCGUUCUUCCAUAUUGUUUUGAGAAUUUUGCCAUUGAAUUAUGCUCAACUGACUAUAGUUACAGACUAUGAAAGAGGCUUGAUGAAUGCUAUGAGAAGCAUUUUUAACGAAAGCAAUCUGCAGGGUUGUUGGUUUCACUUCUGCCAAGCUGUUAUUCGAUACUGCCGGAGAACCUUAAAUAGUGUUUUUCACUUAUUUCAAAAUAGUCCAGAAGCCAAUCGAGUAUUAAGAAUGGUAUUGGCAUUGCUUCAUCUCCCAGCAGAAGUACACCCUGAGUGUCAAUUUACUGUGGCAGAAGGGUUUAAUACCAUAAUUGAGUAUGCAAAUGGUAUUGAAGAAAUAUCAGAAAGACUACAAGGUUUUUUAAUUGGGUAUAUUCAACAGUUUUGGUUUAAUCAAAUAGGCGCCACAUGUAUAAGUGUUUUUGGGUCAGAUAUCCGUACAAAUAAUUAUCUAGAAUCUUUCCAUUCAACAUUGCUGUCACAACUUGGAAGGCACCCCAAUAUCUGGGAUUAUAUGCCAAGAUUGUUGUCUAUUGAAAACCAAUAUUAUAUAGAAAUGGACCAAGCUAGGAGAAAUUUAACCAUAAAAAACAAUACGACAAGAGUCCGACGAGCUGAAACAUCUUCUAAAAUAAAACACUAUAUUCAGUUAUUAAAUGAAGAACAAGAUAUGUUGAUGUUUCUAAGAAGAGCAGGUCAUACUAUGGACGGAUAUAAUGAAAGACAGCUUGGUCCUCGACCAUUGGAACUAUAG